AGUUUGUGUGUCAAGAUCAAGUCUCACUUUUACUUUGAAAGUGACACAAGACGCGACUCUGUCUUCUUUUUCUUUUUAUUAUUAUAUCGGAUACGACUACAAACACUUAGCAAGGGGCAAAACAUUGCGUUUUGUGUACCAGGAUUGCGGGAUUUUACAUUUUCACGGAAUAUCCGUUAUAACCAGCAACAUGAUGUGUCGAUAUUGGGAUAUAUCCUUAAUCAUAUGUUUCUCUGUCAUGUUUGUUGGAGCUGAAAACGUAUCAGAUCAGUUGCCUCCACCGAAAAAUCUGAACUUUAUAUGGGAACUUUAUACAUCACCUUUCACGUUACAUGUGACGUGGGAAAAACCGGAGGGUCUGAAUCCUGACUGCAGAGUGAACUACACGGUGGGAGUGAGCAACAGGCAGGACUGUCCUCUCAACAAUCUACUACAAACAAAAAAGCGAACCAGUAACUUAAGCUACAUAGAUAAUGUGUCCAAUAUGUAUGGACUGUGCAUCAUCGUUACAACAAACCCUGUAAACUGUGGAAAAAAGGGCCCAAGCUCACCAGUCAACAUCACCAUCCCUCCACCUCCAGUGACGCUGGUGAGAAACUUGAGCUGUGCCUAUUAUUCUCGAAACAGGAUGAACUGCACUUGGAAUUCUGCUGCAGAUGAUGUCCAAGGCCUCCGUUUUUAUUACUGGUUACCUAUGGAUGAAUCAGUUAAAGAGUGUUCCCCAUACAUAAAUGAUUAUACGAAGAAGAUGGAAUGUGUCAUAAACAGUGAAUAUCUCAAGAAUUCCCAAAACAACAUGUUCUAUCUGUUCAAUGGUACUCACAAGGGCAUUCCUGUUCACAACACUUUCAAGGAUGAAAUUCCAAGUAACACAGCGAAACUAGACACACCUGAACUGAAAAUUAAAAGAGUUGGGCAUGAUCUCCACUUUGAAACGAUCAGACCACCAUUUAAUGGUUAUGGAGAACAGUGCUUUGGCUACCAGUACAUAUACAGCAAGUGCAAUGAACCGAAUGUCAAGGUUGAGGGAACUGAAAACCAUACAAUUGAAUAUGACCCAGCCUGCAAGUACAGAGCCAGAGUGCAGAACAUCUUAAAAAACUGCGGUGAAGGGCAAAGUGAACUGAGUGACGAGGUGGAAUAUGGUGAGAACAUUCAUCCGAAUUUGCCAGGGUUGCUGGCUGUCAUUUUUAUCCCUCUCAUAGUUUCCUGUUGUCUAAUAGUGACUCUGGUGCUACUCAGAAGGCACAAAGAUGUCAUAAUCCCAAAAAUUCCAGAGCCAGGGCCUUUCUUUAAGGACAUGCUCAACAACAAUAUAAGAAUGACAGAGGAUCUAAGGAGCCCAUCAAUUGGCAGACUUUAUGUCCCUAUUGAAGAGAUUGUAGAAAUCAAGAUAAGUCUUGAACCCGAAACCACAUUCCUUUACAAGUGACCAUGAUGAAUGUGCCACACAUGAGGGAGUAAAACCUGAAAAUACUGAAAAAGUUUACCAAUGGAUUUGAACAGACAUUUAAAUCUGGGCGGACUCUUAGACUAAUGGAGCAAUGUCUAUUCAAGGAGGAUGUUUAAACUUACUACAACUCUUGUUGUCCCUCUGUGUCAUCAAGGACUACAAUGAACACAGGAUGCUCACUUACCUUUUUCUACAUGGACUUUGACCUCACCGAUUAGACACUUUGCUGUCUGUGUCAGUGAAGUGCGCUUCCUGACAACAAUGGCUUGUUUCGAUGAAUGUAUUAUGAAGAUAAGUGAAUCUUCACAAAAUAGAAGAUAAGUGAAGCAAUCAAUUAACUUUCCUGGACAAGGUUGGUUGAAUCUGCUUAUCUGAUAUGUGGACACAGCAGCGUGCACAUUUAAUAUGUCCAAAGGAGCUUCAACUCACUAAAUGCAACCCAAUUGAGAAACAUGGAAAAAAGAUUCAUGAAGUAUUUGAAUUUGAAUUAUCCAUAAUCGUUAUGCUAAACCUUUCCAUGCUUUGUUUAUAAAGCCAAGUUUUAUAAGGAUGGAGGGUUGUUUCUGCACAUCAUUUACAAACUAAAUAUUAUUAUAAAUGUACUGCUACAAAAACUUAUUUUGUAAAGAAAUGUGGUUAGACACUGUAAAUCAUGUUGCGUGUAUUAAAGUGUGUUUUGCUUUA